AUGUUUAAGCUUCUGGUUAUUUUCUCCGGUAUUCCUUUGGCUUUUGCCAUUUUCUUCCCUUCGAUAACUCCAAGUGGCGGCGGAGGCUGUUGCUGUGGCUGUGGAACGCCGCAGCCACCGAGUUGCGGAUGCCAAUCGGCGGUUAGUGAAAUCUUUGAAAAAAUGAAAAAUGAUUGAAAAUAACUAUAUAUCGCGUUUGAGGCUUCCUUAAUUCCCACAUUCUUUUCAGAUUUUUCAAACCUAUCAAUUAGUAGGGCUUUUUUUGUUGAGAAUUUAAGUUCUUUCAGAGUCGUCAAAGAAGUGUGAGUUUGACUUGCUAUACUAGCCUGGGGUAGGACUGAAAGAAAGCUUUUUUGUAUCGAUACUCAAAAACAAAUUGAUAUUUUCUUCAGGACGAUGUUAUCUGUUAAGUUUUUUUAUUUCAGGAAACGAUAAUAUCACAUUCAUGAGAAAAAUGUUAAAUUUUUCAAAAUUAAAAAAACCGUAGGAUUUCAGUGGGCCAAAAAAAUAUCAAGAAAAUAAUAUUGAGUUAUUUUUGAAAAACAAGAAAUUUUUUUCGCGCGCAAACACCUACCUGGUAAUUUUAUAGGAACAAAUUUCUUAUUACUUUAAACUUCUAUAGCCCAUGUUCCAGUGUGCUCCAUCCUCGCCAUGUCCUGUAUGUCCUCCUCCUCAGCCUUGUCCACCGCCUCCAGCUGCCUAUUGCCCCACCGUCUCUCCAGUCUACGUUCCUUCAUGCUGUAUGCUACUCACAAGUGUUUCAUUCAGAGUUCAGCUUUUCAGCUGGAAAUAGCUGCGCUCAAUCCUACUCCUCAGGUGGAGGAUGUAGCAGCGGAGGAUGCGGAGGCGGUGGCGGAGGUAAAAUUUUAUGGAAUAAGUAGAAAAGCCAGAGAGAGCUUCAGGAUACGCUCAAGCUCCCUCAGACACCUACGCCCAAGCGCAAGCUCCUUCUUACAGUCAAGCUCCAUCCUACUCUUCGGCAGUCUUCCCAUCCAGCGGUGGUGGUGGUGGAUAUGCUUCAGGUUAAUUAGUGAUCAAUUCCAAUUUUAUGUUCAACUAACAACUCCACGAAGGACUUUCCAAACGAAUGCGAUCUCAAUCUCAGAAAAGAAACAUAUAUUUUUAUCAAAACUAUCUCGUCAAAGCUCUGUGUGAGAAUUCCUCACUCUGCAUUGAAGCAAGUACUCAGAACUUUUCAUUUCUUCUUGGUUGUGCCAUAAUCCCAACUAAGUAGCCAACAAGUAACGCAUAUUGCAAUGGGAAAAAACACAAAAAUCUGAAAAAUUACCUUCCAACUAACAAGAGAAACUCAUAGUUCAAAAAUUGAAGGUGGCGGAGGAUACGGCGUUCCUCAAGCGGGUCCAAUUUCCUCGUACGCUCCUCAAGCGCCACUUCCACCUCAAGGGCCAAUCGCUUCUUCUUCGUCCUACCAACAGUCGCCGCCUAUUGCAGGUUCAAACAGUUUUUUUUUUGAUUCAUGGACAAACUCAGCCUAUGACGAAGGCAGUCACGUAGUGGCCGAAGCUGCCAAAACGGCCGAGCAGCUCGAAGAAACUGACCGAUCCGAAUCUGAAAAUAACAGCAGCGAAUCGGGAGCUCGGGCAAUCUUACGUGCUGCUCCAUCUCUAGAAAAAGAUGUUAGUGCUUUUUCUAAUGAUUAUAACUUCAAACUUGUGAAAAUUUAGAACUUUUUUUCAAACAUAUACAAAAGAUUUUACAGCAAAUCAAUCUGCAAAAACUCAUUUUCAUUAUUUUUUGAUGAAAUAUUUUGAAGCAACUCUAAAAAUUCGAUUUUAUCAUUUUCUAAAAAAAUUUGACUGAAAAUUUAAUUCAACUUCACUAAAUUUUCGUUAACAGUCAUGUCCUCCUCAACCGGUGAAAUACAUCCUUUUGCGCCAAAAGAAAACUCCCGGAUCCGAUGUUACUGAGACCGUCGAAGAAGAACUUGAACAGGUAUUCUUAACUUACCUAUUGCUGAACUUGUAUAUCACUAUCAAAGGUUAACGUUUCGCCAAGCGUUGAAGCAACGGCAGCGCCUUUAGACUUCUCACAAUUGGCUGAAGAUAUCACCAACAGCCAAAAUUCCGGUUUGAAAGAAAACCCACAACUAAUUUCCUAUUGAACUUCAGAAGCAACAGGAAACUUCUCGAAAGCUCGCGGAGCGGCAACUUCUCUUUCUGAUGAGAAAUGCAAUAGCAAGCCACUGCGUAGCUUGAUAUUGGAUGUUUUCAUCACCAAAUAACUAUUUUCCCUAAGUUCUGUUUCAGAACAUUGCCAACGGCGACGCUUUAGCUUCGAAAAAAGCCAUUCACGAUGAUGCCAUUAACAAAUUUCCAGACAGCAGCGUCGACAUCAUCUGUUCUACGACAGGUAAGAAGUAGCAAAAAAUUUAUUCCCAUGCCGGGAAUCGAACCCGGGCCGCGUGGGUGAAAACCACGAAUCCUAACCACUAGACCACAUGGGAGGACGAGAACAGAGGCAGCGAAAGACAACCAAAUCUCUGCAGGAUUCACUUACCUCGUGUCAACAACCGAACAUUGCGAGGCGCAAAAAGACGGCGUCAUAUGCUUUGCCUACAAAAGACCGCUGUGA